GCGAAGUGCUCCGAGGAACGAGCCUCGAGCUUUUCGGCCCCGAACUGUGAUUCGUAUCGCGUGUCACUUUGGGACGUGAUCACCGAUUCAACCGGCUAAAUUCGCCAGUGUAUCCGGCUGCCGCGCGUUUCACUCCCGCGAUUUCACAUCGAUAAAUUAUUGAGUGUCCGAGCGCGCGAUGGUGUUGCGCGCACGGUGACUGGUUCGACUCACGCGGUCCCGGUCAGUUCCGUGCAUUCAAUAUGGCUGGUCGAGGUGCUUACGACGAUUCAAGAGAUUAUCCCACUCAUCGGAGUAGAAAACCGUUGCCUACAGAACCUCCAUAUACCGCAUAUGUAGGAAAUUUGCCGAAUGGAAUUGUACAAGGCGACGUUGACAAAAUUUUUGAGAAGCUCAAUGUCAAAGUCAUCAGACUGGUCAAAGACAGGGACACUGACAAAUUCAAAGGUUUCUGCUAUGUCGAGUUUGAGGAUUUGUCUGAUUUGGAAGCAGCAUUGGAAAUGGAUGGGGCGGUAGAAGUAGAUAAAUGUUUGAUCAAGAUCGAUGUAGCAGAAGGAAAAAGAAACGACCGCGGCGGCGGCUUCGAUAGGAGAGGACGCGGUGGCACUGGCGGUAGUGGAAGCGGGUACAAAGGACGAGAUUCUGGCCGUAGUGGAUACGGCGAUGAUUUCGAUAGUAAAUCUUCAUAUUCAAGAUACAGCGAUAGAGGCCCUCAUGGAGGUAGUAGGCAAGGCAACGAUAGAUGGGAUUCUAGAAGUAAUAGAGGCAAUUAUGGUCAAUUCAAUGAUGACACAGGUGGAAACCGCGAUUGGUCACGAAGUACAUCUAGCAGAUCAUACAGUAAUAAACCUCCACUUCGAGGAAGUGGUUCAGAUCGGAAACCCUUUCAGGAUGAUCCUUAUCAGAAAGAUGCACCUCCUCCAGACACCACUGGAAGGAAACGUUUGGAACUUAAACCAAGGACUGUUAAAGAGCCUGUGAAUUCUAUGGCUGAAUCGAGUAAAACAAGUUCCAUUUAUGGAGGUGCAAAGCCUCGAGAAGAAAAAUUAAAAAUGCUGGACAAGUAAAACUAACGAUAUUAUCAAUAGUCUCUGAUUUUCCCGUAGAAAUCGGGGAAAGAAACCAUUGUUGACAAAAUUUUAAAAUCAAUCCCAGAUUCCCUCAUAGUUUGAAAUUAAAUCUAGUGGUGAUUCUUCGAACAUUUACUAUCAGAAAAUUGCAAUAUCCUUUUUUAACUCUUACAAGGGAUGUUACCCGCAAAGAAAGAUAUACAUAUAUAAAUAUAUAUGUAUAUAUAUAUAUAUAUAUAUGUGUGUGUGUAUGUAUAUGUAUAUCUUAUAUUUAUAAUUAUAAUAGAUAUGUAUACAUGCUACAGACGAAUCUAUUACAAUUUUCCUAAGUUUUUGCGAUUUUUAAUCAAGAUAAAUAUUUUUCUUCGAAUGCUUUUGUAUUUAAAUUAACUUCUUGAUUCUCAAUGAAAAGCUAGAGUACUUGUAACUACGAUAUACAUAAAAAGAAAAAAAGAAAAAACCGUGCACGAUGCAUGCUCUGAUAGCGCGAUAGUGAUAGCGCGAUUUAUAUACAUAAACGAUGAUUAUUAAGAUGCCACAUAAGUUGAGUACAUUUUAAUACUCGUGUCAAUUUAAUGUUGGGUUUCGUGUCUAAUAACAUUGAGAGUAUGUGUACAAACUAUCACAAAUAUAAAAAUGUCACAGCAUGUAUAUUUCAUCUUACGCUAGUAUUUCUUAUCUGUACUUGAGACUAGACCGUUUAAAGAAGUACAAAGAAAAGUUGCGACUAUACCAAGUUUCGUUUCCUUCCAUAGAAUUCUUGCGUUUCACGAUACAACGCUGAUCAUUGUGCAUCAACUGUUUGUUAAGACAUAUGUUCGUUAAGAUGAUAGUAUAUAAUUGUUUAAUAUUGCUAAAUAACUGUCCUUUUUUUUUUUCAAUCGAUUCGAGCGAUGACGGAUUCGCGAAGUGUAACGCGCGAACGUGAUUCCACAAAUUUCUACAUACGGGAAGCGAUACAAAGGAGAGGCGCCGAUUAUUAUAUAUUAAUAAUUAUGUAAUGAAUUAACCAAUGCUAACAGUGACGUUGCGGAAUUGCGUGAAUAGCAAGGAACGUCGUGAGAAUAGCAAAUAAAACGAAAAUUCGGAAUGAUAAUAAAAUAUUAUGUAAAACAAUGCUUGUAUAUGAUACUAUUUCCUGAAUAAAGUAGCUGUUUGCCUCGUA